CGCCAAACUUUAAAAAACAACAGACAGGGCGCCUUCAGCAUCCACACAGCUGCAGCUCUCACUUUAAUCAAGAAGGAAGAACUUUUUUUAUUCACUAGAAAGAAGAAAAAAAAAAACAUGUCUCCUAUUCCGAAGAGAGCCUGCCCCGACUCAGUGGACGAGUCCAUGAACGACUCGAUGGAGAAGAGGAUAAAGAGGAUAUCUGUGGAGGGAAAUAUCGCGGCCGGCAAAUCCACCUUUGUGCGCCUUCUGGAGCAGCAGAGCCCGGACUGGGAGGUGGUACCAGAGCCGAUCGCAAGGUGGUGCAAUGUCCAAACAAAAGGAAGUGACUUUGAGGAGCUGACCACGUCUCAGAGGAGCGGAGGGAACAUCCUGCAGAAGAUGUACGAGAAGCCCGAGAGGUGGGCGUACACCUUCCAGAGCUACGCCUGCAUCAGCCGCGUCCGCGCCCAGAUGCGAUCGGCCAACGGGAAGCUCCGAGAGGCCGAGAAUCCCGUGCAGUUCUUCGAGCGCUCCAUCUACAGCGACAGGUACAUCUUUGCAGCAAACCUCUACGAGAGCGAGUGUCUGAGCGACACAGAGUGGUCCAUCUAUCAGGACUGGCACGGCUGGCUGCACAGCCAAUUCGGCAAGAACAUCGAGCUGGACGGUAUCAUCUACCUGAGAGCUUCACCUGAGAAAUGUUUAGAGCGUCUGCACCUGAGAGGCAGAGAGGAGGAGCAGGACAUUCCUCUGGAGUAUCUGGAGAAGCUGCAUUUUAAACACGAGAGCUGGCUGCAGCAUAAGAGCAUGACCACUGACUUUAAGUACCUCAAUGACAUCCCCAUCCUGACCAUAGAUGUGAGUGAAGACUUUAAAGUGACCAACACAAAGAGCGCCGACAUGAUCGAGAAGGUGAAGGAGUUCUUGAGCACGUUGUGAUGGAAGAAGAGUCAGAGUAUAAAUAAGGACAAAAGUCAGAAGCUUGACAUUUAUUUGUUAUCAAAUCAUUCAAAAUGGUUUAUCCUGUUGUAUUUUAACCUUUUUAUUGUUUUCUGAAAUCUGUUGUAUAUUUAUGAGUUGUGCAAAUGAAAAAGUGUUGAUUUGUAAAUGAACAAAUGACAAUAAACUUGAACUUUUCAUA